AGGAGAUUCCUCGCGGUCAAAACGCAGCCAGGUUUCCAAGAAAUCAGAUGUCGAGGAGUGUCUUGUUUACGUAAUUUGCCCAUCGUCCCCAUAGUGCUACUUUUAGAGUACAGUUCCAACAGAAUCUUAUCACCCCGUUCUACCUCACCGAAAGCGAACAACAAAAGUGAACAAAGUUUUGUGAAAGAAGGUGUAGGUGCUUCAAAGGAGUCUAUUGUUUCCGUGACGUCAGCACGGCUCGGUGUGUUUUAUCCCACCCCACGUUGGAAUCUGUGAAGAAACAAAGAGAAAGGCGGUGAAGAGAAAGACAAGCGAAACGAACAGUGCGAGAAACAAACAGAGAAAAGACGACCAACAACGGCGGAGAGCGCGAUAAAAACACUUUUUAACCGGUUACCACCGUGUGCGCUGCGUCUCGAAUCUGAAAUUCAUAAAACUUGGAUCACUUGGAUGGGAACGCGCCUUGCUUCGAGAGUUUGGAAAUCGGAAAAAGAGAAACACGGAGGAUAAUCCUGGCGGUCGACUAUCGGUGAUAAGUGUGUGCGAUUACGCGAUUUUUGUUUUGAGUUUGUCUGUGAGUCUGGCAGGUUGAGAACCAAAGAGCAAGAGACAUGUUUUCCUCGAUAAUGCAAAUGUGCGCGUCGAGCGGCCCGACGGUUGUUGCGGCAACCCGGCGGAUGCUGCUGCAGCAGCAGGGUAACCUCCCAGCGAUGGGCGGCAACCUGUGCCGCAACAUCUCGAAGAGCAGCGAGGUGAACAAUUCCGACUACAUGACGAUCCGCCCGGACAGCCAAACGCAGAAGGCUGGUCGUAGCAGCAGCUGUGACAGCAAGCAACAGAUAAGACUGAAGAAAGUGUCCAGAACACUUUCGACGCUCAACUUCUCCGUACCGGAGGCUGCCGCUCAGACGGCCGUGCCGAAGAGUGAAAGCCGUGAUUUUAUGGCCGUGUUCCCAGAUCUGGUGCGUGAUCUGACCGAGUAUGGGCGCAAGUACGACAAAAAUGUAGCCACCAAGUGGUUCGUCCGUGCGCUCCAGUACAAUGUGCCGCAGGGCAAGAAGAACCGCGGAUUGGCGUCCGUGCUUGCCUACCGGAUGCUGGCCAAGCAUGAGGAUCUCACGCCGGAGAACAUUCGCCGUGCACAGUACCUGGGCUGGUGCAUCGAGAUGCUUCAUUCGAUGUUUCUGAUGAUCGAUGACAUCAUGGAUGGGAGCGCGAUGCGCCGCGGUCAGCCGGCCUGGCACACGCUCGACGAUGUGAAGAUGGUGGCGAUCAACGACGGUAUCAUGAUCGAUGCGGCCAUUUUCUACGUGAUCAAGAAGCACUUUGGCAAUGAGCCCUACUAUGCCCGGCUGCUGGAGGAGUUCAGCGAGAUUAAGUUCAUUACGACGAUCGGCCAGAGCUUGGAUCUGCUGUCGGCCAAGAUGGACGUGACGCAGUACACGAUGGAUGUGUACAAAUCGAUCGUCUUCCACAAGACUGCCUACUACACGUUCUACCUCCCGGUCGCAAUGGCCAUGCACAUGACGGGCUACACGGAUCCGGAGAUGUUCCGUCAGGCUAAGACGAUCCUGCUGGAGAUCGGUCAGUUCUAUCAGGCGCAGGAUGAUUUCCUCGAUUGCUUCGGUGAUCCGGCCGUCAUCGGUAAGGUCGGUACCGAUAUUGCUGAGGGCAAGUGUAGCUGGUUGGCUGUGGUUGCUAUGCAACGGGCCACCGAAGAGCAGAAGGAAGUCAUGAAGGAGUGCUACGGAUCGCCAGAUCCGGACAAGAUCGCCCGUGUUAAGAAGCUGUACGAGCAGCUCGGUAUUCCGACGACAUACGCGAUCUACGAGGAAGAAUCGUACAACAUGAUCAAAACACACAUUCAACAGAUUUCGCGUGGUUUGCCACACGAACUGUUCUUCAAGAUCAUGGAGAAGAUCUACCGACGUGAAGCGUAAACGUGCGAGCGGCAUCGCAAGAUUGCAAUGGAAGGAAGGAAGAAAGGAGACAGGAGAGAGAUGUCGAGUGAAAGAGUUCUUGGUGUCAGAUUGUCGCGUAUUCGAAUCUAUUGUUUUCCUAUUCAUGUCAUUAUGUUUGAUCAUCUACUAUUAUAGGAAGUAGUCUACUACUCUAGGCACGAUCGUGUCUGCAACGCGAAUCAUCCUUCGGGCGCGAUGGAUUCGAACUUACAUUUACAAGGGGGGAUUCGAUCGAUUGAUUCCACGAUCGAUUUGGAUCAAACGAUGAUGUAGCUGCACAUUACGUCUGUCAGUAUGUGUGUGUGUGUAUGUGCACGCGUUUGUUUGAAAUGUUUUCAAAAAAUCUUUCAUAAGUGCACAGGAGUUCAAUUGUGAUCAUAAAGAGCAACGCUUUGCGUUCGUUACUUGGGCAUCACUUUUCCAGAAACAAAUAUUUCUCUUUUACAAACUCUCCAUUCUUUGAGUCUACUUAUGCAUAUCCACGUCAUAAGGGAAUAACAAAGCAAUAGCCGCGCGUAUUAAGUGCUUCUGUAACGCAAUCCGUAUCAUUUGCAAUCAUGGCAAUCAUAUGUUAAGGAGGUUUAUGUCAUACGAGAAAACCGGAUGUUCGACGCGGUAUUUAGUGUUUCGGUUUGGUUUUCUUUUGUAUUUCUUUUGUACGUAGAAGGUACGUCGAGUGAAUCACAAAAACUAAUACAGUAGCAUUUAAGAACAUCCGUAUUUCCUUUCUACUCGGCGGGGCUAAUGUAUGUACGGUUGUUUAAACCGUACGACGAAGCCUAUAUUAAGGCCAAAUGAGACGUGAAAACGACAGGACGGUACGACACACAGUAAAAAAAAAUGCUGUUUCAAGUUUGUCCAACGACAAAACUAUGUUUCAUGCAUUCGUGCGACUGUGUAAAUUCUUAGGGCUAAUCUUAUCGCUAAGAAAUUGCCGAAAUACGAAAGGAUAACAGGGGAGCACGUGUUGUAACGAACGAAGACGGUCGAAGGCAUAAAAAUAAAAUUGUAAACUUAGAAAGGGGACAGAAAAGAGAAGAAACCAGUCAAAAUGGAGAGUGUAUGCGCAAUUAAGAGUAAGCGCCAAUUGUAGGGGAUUGCAACUGUGGGUACGCAUGUUGGUUAAUCGCGAAUAAAAGAGCGAAAUGUCGUUUUUAAAAUGAAA